AUGUCUGACGAGCUUCCUCGUCGCUUUGCGCAAACCAUCAAGCUCAAACCCGAGCACGUGGCAGAAUACAAGCAAGUCCAUGCAAGAGUAUGGCCCGAGGUUCUCGCUCAGAACGAGCAGUGCAAUAUCCGAGACUAUAGUAUCUUUUACGACGACCAGAGCCAUUACCUUUUUGCCUCAUUCAAAUACGUCGGCACUGACUUUGCCAGUGAUAUGAAAAGAAUGGCUGAGAAUCCGCGUGUGAGGGAGUGGUGGAAAAUGACUGAUGCCUUUCAGGAGAGCCUUGUUCCUGGCGCUGUAAGCUCAGAGUCUGUCGAGCCAUCAUGGUGGAAACCUAUCGAGGAAGUAUUCUAUCAACCUUGA